AUGUUCUUCCUAUAUUAUUUCGUAACUCUUAUCGUUUAUUCACAAGCAAUCUACGAUAUUAAUUUUUGUCGAGAUUUUCUGAAUUAUAAAAAUGACCAAGAUAUUUGGGAUCGCUAUCAUGAUGAGUUUCAUUUGAUGUUUUGUAAUGGAACUAUAAUGCGACUACGGUCUGAACAAUAUCUCGAUCAUUUUAAACAACUUCGAAAAUAUUUUCAAGAAGCAACAAAUGUUAGUUGUCGAGAUUUGAAUAAAGAAAAAACAACUUUUUCAUUGGAAAAAAAUGAUACUGGAAAAAACUGGAUGAGACUUGAUUUUUGGAAAAUCGGAGAGCAUUGGAAGUUGGUCAAUGAAAUACAACGAUGUCCAGAUGAAAAAUUCUCGUUAAAAAUAAUCGAGGAAGCAGAAGCUCAAAAAAUUUUAACCAAAGUUAUAACUUGUUAUAGUGAUAGAAGUAUCAGUUUGGAAUCAUCUAGAAAAUGUUUGCAUGAUCCGAUAGGUUUCAAACAGUGCAAACAUCAUGAUAUGAAAUAUUUAACAUUGGAUUCUUUUGUUGGACCAGCUGAUAAUCGAGAAAAAUUUGUUGCAAUUGUUUCUGAUAUUCGAGUUAACAAUCUGCUGAAGUAUAUGAUGUACCAUGUUCAGCUCAGGACAAAUUCAGAGUUGGACCAUAAAACAAUUUUCAAAAAUGAAACAUGGUUAGUCGAAGAAGUUUAUGAAAUUUGUUAA